AGCCAGCUAUCGACUGCAAUAAUGUCCCUGCAAAUGGUUUCAGUGAACAGCAGUAACAACCUAAUACAGCCAGGAUUCUCCUUACUCGAUUUUCAUGGUGAAGUCUUUCUUUUUGGGCAAAAAGGGUGGCCUAAACGAUCCUGCAGCACAGGCGUUUUUCUUCUUCAUCUCAAGGACCAUCUACUGAAACUUAAACCCGUUUCAUUUUCAUCGGAAUCAUGCUACCUUCCACCGCUGCGCCGGCCUGCAAUAACUCAUUACUCGGAUCCCUCAGAAACAGGAAGCCUUUAUUAUAUCAUUCACGGUGGGAGAACUCCGAAUAGUGAAGUGCCUAAUUCACUUUACGUCAUGAGGGUUUAUGACAAUACUGCCAAAAAGAGAACAUCUCUUUGUUGCAGUGAAAAAAAUCUAAAAGGAGAUGUCCCCACAGGAAGAUAUGGCCACACCAUCAAUGUGAUUCAGAGCAAGGGACAAACUAUAUGUGUCUUGUUUGGGGGUAGAUCCUACCAGCCUCCUGGGCAAAGAACCACAGAAAACUGGAACAGCUUAGUCGAUUGUUUGCCUGAGGUUUAUCUGAUUGAUAUGAACACCGGCCAUUGCACAUCCCACAUGCUACCAGAAAUAGAAGAAGGAUUUUCAUUCCAUGUUGCUGUUUCAAAAAUUGACACCAUCUAUAUAUUAGGUGGCCACUCCAUCAAAGACAAUCAUCGCCCUGAAAGAUUGCUUAGUCUAAAAGUAGAUCUUUCAGGCAUCCAUCCCAGUGUUAAAUGUACAGUACUGCAUGGGGGUAUCUCUGUAUCAAGUGCAAUAGUGACCCAAGCUGGCAAAGAUGAAUUCAUCAUUGUUGGCGGCUAUGAAUCUGAGAGUAAGAAGCGAAUCAUUUGUAACACCAUCGUUUUGGAGAAUGAUAGCAUUCAGAUAUUGGAUAAAGAUCCCCCAAUGUGGACUAGUGAUAUAAACACAAGCAAAACCUGGUUUGGCAGCGAUAUGGGAAGUGGUGCAGUGUUAAUAGGAAUUCCUGGAAAUACAAAACAGGAUACAUCAGAAGCAAACUACUUCUAUAUAGCACAUUUUGGACAGCCAAAAGAGGAGAGCCAAAUGUCUGCCAGCCAGGAAUCCUUUACUGAUCCUGAGGAAUGCAGUGCAUUUGAAGAUUCAGAAGAAUUUCACUUUGUAGUGGAACCAGAUUCCUCUGAAUAUGUGGAAAACUUGAAUGAAGGUGAUGAAGAAGGAUAUUGGAUAAAAUGCAGUGCCAACUGCAAUAUGAAUAUCAAGAUCUGGGUGCCCUAUUAUUCCACAGAACUCAAUAAACCAGCAAUGAUCUUCUGUUCAAAUGCAGGUGAUGAUGGACACUGGGUACAUGCUCAGUGCAUGAAUCUCACAGAAUCACAGCUAAUCCAGUUUUCUCAGGAGAACAUAACGUACUUUUGCAAUGAACACUUUAUUGAGAGAAGCAUUAAAACUCCACCAAAGAUAAAGCAGAUAAAGCGAACACCAAUAAAAACCCCACGUAAGAAGUCACCAGCAACACUGAAAAGGACACCAAUGAAGAAAAGCUUCCUGAAGAGACUGUUUGAUUGAAAUUGUAAAACUUAUAACAAAAAUACUGCAUGCAGAUAAUUAUAAACAGUACAGGGUUCUGACUUUUAGCAUAUUCCAGACCUAUUACUGCAUUAAGAUAUCAGUCGUUAUUUUGUGGAAUAUAAAUGCAGCAA